GCGGCGGACGCGCCAGCUCACUCUCUACGUCACCCACCAAACGUUACAUUUGAAAUCUCCGGUCGUGCCGCCGCUGCCUCACCGCCCCUUCAGCCAAUCAGAGGACGGAGAUUUUCCCGCGGGCAGCAGCGAAGAGAGGGGAGUGUCCUAAGAUCUCUAGUGGGCGUCUCCCUGUGGACGAGGGGGAGGGGCUUAUCGCCGCCGUGUGCCUGUCUCUCUCCAUUGAUUGCCAGCCAGGAGCAGCGCUUACCUCAGCGAGCACAUAAGGAUGCCACAAACAGUGGUGUGAGACUGGACGACUACUUGAAGUUUUGUACAGAAGCUGAAACAAUUGAGCACAAUGAAGCAAGUUCCUCAUAUCAUUCCUAAUCCCGCUGUGAAGCCCACCCCCCCAGAGGUGAGUCGGGAGUGCUCCGUUUUCCUUGGCAGAGCUCAGAUUUCCGCCGAGGGCGUAAUACAGAAGCUGAACGGCCACGAUGCCUUGCCUUUCCUACCGACUGACAAACUGAAGGAUCUCACGUCUCGGGUAUUCAACGGGGAAUCGGGAGCUCAAGAAGCCAAAGUGCGUAUUGACUCCCAAGAAAUUCAAGGCAUUGGGACCCCACCCAACACAACUCCAACCAAGAACGGAUCCCCGGAGAUAAAACUGAAAAUCACCAAAACCUACAUGAAUGGCAAACCCUUGUUCGAAUCUUCUAUAUGCGGCGAACAGGGGGGAGAAGCUCCGAAACCUGAGGAGACCAAAGGCAAAAGAGGAAGGAAGCGGAAAAGUAUAAAGUUUGAGCCUAAAGAGGAUAAUAAACCAAGUGAUGAAAGCCCAGAAAAGUCGAGUCCUGCAGAACCCCCUCAAGAUAAGUCUGCUUCAGAUCUGGACCCCUCUGACCUCAAGGAAGAUAAAGAAUCCACAAAAUUUUCAGUUGGAGACCUGGUAUGGUCCAAAGUGUCUGGCUAUCCGUGGUGGCCAUGUAUGGUGACCUCCGAUCCUGUCCUGCACAGCCACACCAAGAUAAAAGGGCAAAAAAAGAGUAUCCGACAGUACCACGUGCAGUUUUUUGGCAAUGCACCUGAAAGAGCUUGGAUAUUUGAGAAGAGUUUAGUGCCCUUCAAGGGGGAACACGAGUAUGACCACCUGUGCCAGGAGAGCGCAAAACAAGCGCCCAAAGCUGAGAAACUCAAGCUUUUAAAACCAAUAUCCGGUAAACUGAAAACCCAGUGGGACGUAGGUAUGGAACAAGCGAAAGAAGCCAUAUUGAUGUCCAGAGAAGAGAAGAAGGAUAAAUUCACUUUCGUAUACAUCAAGGACCGUCCUCACCUUAAUCCUAAAGUAGCGGGGGAAGCCGGUAUCCCUGUGGAGACGUACGAUGAGGAUGAAGAGGAUGAGCCACCUGAGAGCCCCAAGAAAGAAGAUGAAGUGCCCAACAAGAGGAGGAGGGUGUCCAGGAAUUCGUCUUCUAACUGUCAAGACACUGACCCUGAUUGGAAAACCACUACUGCAAGCUCCGAGCCGAAAGGUGGCAUGACGUCCCCUCCGCAGAAAAGGAAAUCUGGAGGAAGAGGCAGAAAGGGGGAUGCGGUGAACCAGUUCCUAGUUUUUUGCCAGAAGCACAAAGAUGAGGUAAUAAGUGAACAUCCCGACGCUUCCAGCGAAGAGAUCGAAGAGUUACUCGAGUCGCAAUGGAACAUGCUCAGCGACAAACAAAAAGCCCGCUAUAAUACAAAGUUUGCCAUAAUCACCUCGCCCAAAUCUGAAGAAGACUCUGGUACAACACCGAAGACCGCGGGGGAAGUCAAGCGCCACGCAUUUCAGGAGCAACCAAGGAGGAGAUCAAGAUCAAGAAGUAGAUUGCAUGGAAAUGCGCGAAACCACAUAGAGGCGGACGACAAAGCACCUGAUGAGGAAGCUGCUUCUAGGAGGAGGCUCAGGACCCCAAAUCAGAAGCACGUGGAAGCCAGUAAUGAAAAGUCCUCCAGGCACUUAAGAGGCAGAGAAAGCGCCCCCGUUAAGUCCCAGACAGCAGUGCACCACCUCUCCGAUGCCUGUAAGCCACUGAAGAAGAGGAGCCGCAAUUCUGACUUGGCCUCGUCACAGUUGGGUGCGAGCAAGAGUUCAUCUCCUGUGUCGAUGAUCGAGAACGAGGUGUCUGAUGAGAGGUCAGAGUCGCCUUCAGAGAGCGCGGAUGAAUCGUUGCUGUGCAAAAAGUCCGAAAGAGCAAAGAAGGAACUCGUGUGUCUGCUCUGUGAAAAAGCAGGGGAUCUGCUGUUGUGUGAAGGCCUGUGCUGCUCUGCUUUCCAUUUAUCGUGUCUUGGACUCUCAGAAAGGCCAAAUGGCCCUUUUCAAUGUGAAGAAUGCACAUCAGGCAUCCAUUCAUGUUUUGUAUGCAAAGAUAAGGAUGCAGAUGUGAAGCGCUGCAGUGCAUCUAACUGUGGCAAAUUUUACCAUGAGUCCUGUUUACGCCAGUAUCCGAAUGCAACAUUUGAUGGGAAGGGAUUCCGAUGCCCGCUCCAUCACUGUGCCAGCUGCCUUAUUCCUAGCCAUUCAAAUGCCAGGACAGUCAAGGGUAAAUUGAUAAGAUGUGUGCGCUGUCCAGUUGCUUACCAUGGAGGAGACACUUGUGUAUCUGCAGGAUGCACAUUGCUCAGUCCUUCCAGCAUCAUCUGUUCUGCUCACUUUGUUGCGGUGAAGGGCAAGAGCAACCAUGCCCAUGUCAACGUGUGCUGGUGUUUUGUGUGCUCCAAAGGUGGAAGUCUGCUGUGCUGCGAAUCCUGCCCUGCUGCUUUUCAUCCUGACUGCUUGAAUAUUGAAAUGCCAGACGGCAGCUGGUUUUGCAAUGACUGUAGAGCAGGGAAGAAGCCGCGAUAUCAGGACAUUAUUUGGGUGAAACUAGGCAACUACAGAUGGUGGCCUGCAGAAGUACGUCACCCGAAAAACAUCCCUCCAAAUAUCCAAAAAAUGAAACAUGAAAUUGGAGAGUUCCCAGUUUACUUUUUUGGCUCCAAAGACUAUUACUGGACGCACCAUGCGCGGAUAUUUCCGUACAUGGAGGGGGAUCGUGGCAGCAAACAUCAUGGAGUUAAAGCCAUCGGCAAAGUCUUCAAAAAUGCUUUGCAAGAAGCCGAAGAACGGUUUAUUGAGCUUCAGUCACUGCGAAAAGCAAAGGAAACUCAGGAAAAUGAAAAAAAGCCUCCACCUUAUAAACACAUAAAGGUGAACAAACCCUACGGGAGAGUUCAAGUUUACACUGCUGAUAUAUCCGAAAUACCCAAGUGCAAUUGUAAGCCGACCAGCGACAAACCGUGCGGACUGGACUCUGAAUGUCUGAAUCGAAUGCUAAUGUACGAAUGCCACCCACAAGUGUGCCCCGCUGGAGAUAGGUGUCAGAAUCAGAGCUUCACCAAGCGUCUGUAUCCAGAGACCAAGAUCAUUAAAACAGAGGGAAAAGGAUGGGGUCUCAUUGCUACGAGAGACAUAAAAAAGGGAGAGUUUGUGAAUGAAUAUGUAGGGGAACUUAUAGAUGAUGAAGAGUGUAUGGCAAGAAUUCGCCACGCACAAGAGAACGACAUCAUGCACUUUUACAUGCUGACCAUUGACAAGGACCGAAUCAUUGAUGCAGGACCUAAGGGCAACUUCUCCCGCUUUAUGAAUCACAGCUGUCAGCCAAACUGUGAGACCCAGAAAUGGACUGUAAACGGAGACACUCGUGUCGGCCUCUUCGCUGUGCGGGACAUACCUGCAGGCUUGGAGCUAACAUUCAACUAUAAUUUGGAUUGCCUCGGGAAUGAGAAGACUGUCUGCAGAUGCGGAGCUCCUAAUUGUAGUGGAUUCCUUGGUGACCGACCAAAGAAUUCAACAGCAUCAUCGCAUGAAGAAAAAUCCAAGAAGGCCAAGAAAAAAGUGAAAAGACGCCGGACUAGAGGUGAAGGGAAGAAAGAAUCUGAAGAUUAUUGCUUCCGCUGUAAUGAUGGUGGCGAGCUAAUUCUGUGUGACAAGAAGUUAUGCACAAAGACUUAUCACCUCGAUUGUCUCGAUCUUGACAAAAGGCCAUUUGGGAAGUGGGAGUGCCCGUGGCAUCACUGUGAUGUCUGUGGAAAGGCUUCCGUGAGCUUUUGCAGCCUGUGUCCAAACUCCUUUUGCAAAAGCCACAAUGACGAUGGACUGUUCACACGGACGGCGGAGGGCAAGCUUUGCUGUCUGGAGCACGACCCGGCCGAGUUCAAUGAAGUACAAGCUGCUGAAUGUAUACCGAAGAGCACUCAAAAGCCAAGUAUAAGAAGAGUCAGAAGAGCAGAUAACCAGCGGACUGCAACGCUACUGUAAAUAUGACUGUGAAUAAGGAGGAAAACUAAAGCCUUUUCCAUUGUACAGCUUUGUAAUAGACCUUGAUUCAGGACAGCACAUACACACUGAGCCAUCCUCUGCAGCCUCGGCUGCGUCUGCACUGAUACCGAGCUCUGCCAGCCAUAGCUCACCACCCAUUUUACCAGUGACCCACAUUUACACAGCAUUACCGUGACAUCCUCAUUAGCAGCUUACAAAUGGAAAGGCUUGUGUGGUAGUUUAUGACUGGAGCCGCUUGCAGGAUUUUUAAGUGCACCGUUUCAGCAGUUAUUUUACCUUUUUGUAAGACAAGACACUAUUGGCUCCACCAUGGAAAUCUAUACAUAUUUUAUUUUUUUUCUGUAUUUUACUAGUCCAGAAGAUUCUUUGUGUAACGCUUUCUUAACAAGAUAUAGGUACAUUUAACACAAUAUUUUAAUAUUUUAAUUUUUUUUAAUCGGGGCUUUGGCUGCAAGUGCUCAGAAUGCAGGCUCUGUAAUGACUGUGCUGCAUGCAUCCGGCUCAGUCAUGGCAGCGCAUCAUACAUCAUGUUCAUUGAUGACUGCGCUGCAUACAUCUGGCUCAGUAAUGACUGCGCUGCAUGUAUCCGGCUCAGUCAUGGCAGCGCAUCAUACAUCAGGUUCAUUGAGGACUGUGCUGCAUACAUCCGGCUCAGUAAUGACUGCGCUGCAUGCAUCCGGCUCAGUCAUGGCAGCGCAUCAUACAUCAGGUUCAUUGAGGACUGUGCUGCAUACAUCUGGCUCAGUAAUGACUGCGCUGCAUACAUCUGGCUCAGUCAUGGCAGCGCAUCAUACAUCAGGUUCAUUGAGGACUGUGCUGCAUACAUCCGGCUCAGUCAUGGCAGCGCAUCAUGCAUCAUGUUUAUUGAGGACUGUGCUGCAUACAUCUGGCUCAGUAAUGACUGCGCUGUGUGCAUCAGGCUCAGUUAUGGCAGCGCAUC